GUCCAGUGUCUCUUCUUCAAGCAAAACUUGUCUUGAAAAAGAAGCACUUACCUUCGUGGACCGAAAUGAGUUUUCGGGUUUCCAGGCGACGGUUCUUCUGUCGAGAGACCUUUCACCCGUGCUCUAUCAAAUAUACCGAGAACAUCUUGAGUUUCGUCGCUGGCGAUGAAUUGGAACAUCGAAAUGCAGCCGAUAAUGGGACCGGGCUCAUCGCGUUUAACCGUCGAACUGGAGAAACUGGCUUCGCAUCCAAUGAGUUCUUGGUCACAAGCAGAGAAUACAUUAAAUGCAAGGAGUCCUGGUACUUAGGGCAGACACCUCGAGAAGUGGUUGACGAAUAUUUAACGGAAAACUACAACAUUCAUGGGUCGUUCUUGGUGAGGACCAGCAAAAACAAUCCCGGGAAUUACGUCUUGCAAAUCAAAACCUACGAUUUCAUCAAAAUGAAGUUCUACUUUUCUCGACUUCUGAUUGAACGCGAUCAAAACGGGUACUCACUGGACAGCGAGAGCUGCAGCACUUUGAAGGACCUGAUUGAGACCUUGAAAACCAAAGGCUUUCAAUUGAAGAACCAAACGGCAUCGAUGCGACCCACCAACCCGUGCCUAAUCUUGCGAAGUCAAAUGCCUGGAUCAAUGGUGAUGCAUCCAUGGCAGGUUCACGAGAACGAUAUUGAGAUGGGCGCGUUUGUCCGCUGCGAAUUUCCCACUCUUGUGUUCCACGGCAGGUUCCGUGGGGUCGUAGACGCAAUGGUGGAAGUCAUAGGACCAAUAGGACGUCGCCCACUGAAGGCAGGCCUGAACCAGCUUCUGGCGGAGGAAUACAAACACAGCUUCCUCUGGUCCAUUAACCAUCCUAACAUUAUGCAGAUGCUGGGCAUGAGCUACAAUCUGGACACAAAAGUGUACCACCUGAUCUUGGAAGGAGCCUGCCUAGGGCCAUUGGACUCGUUGCUCCGGGAACAAGGUAGAGCAGUGUUUAACUUUCAUCUGUUCCUAUCUGUCGCCCGUGACAUUCUCCAUGCCCUGGCCUAUCUUCAAAGCAAGAACUAUAUUCAUGGAAAUAUCAGAGCCCAUUCGAUUUUCAUCAAUGAGAUGAAGCAGGCCAAAUUAUGCCACUUGAAAUUGGAUCUGGAGAGUCCGACGUACGAGAAAGUAGAUCAGAACUUCAGUGGCGAAAUCUUCUGGAGCGCCAUCGAAGUUGUCGACAGGAACCAGGUCUCCCAUGCCUCCGACUUAUGGUCAUUCGGAGUUCUCUUAUGGGAGAUGUUGACUUUUGGCGAGAUCCCGUUCCAUGGCAUGUCCAAAGAAACCAUGAUCCAUUCAGUAAUAGAGGAAAACUACUUGCCACCCUGCCAAACCGGCUUCUUCGAAGUCCCCGUGAAGGUUCUGAAUUACGUUUACUUUCAAAUGAUCGUGGCCUUAUGGAACGUGGACCCAAAGAAGCGACCCAGUGCCCGUCACCUCCUGACGCGUUUGCAAAAGGCGGAGAAGAUGCUGGCCUGUCCCAACGGUGGAGAUCAUUACUUGUCCGAGUCUACCAGUGGAACAGGCGACUCCGGACAUUCACAUUCACUUGACACGGACAACUUAUCUGGAGGUGAAGGAUCCACGGAUUCAGACUCGGAAUCAAGCUCGAGUUCCGAGUCCAGUGGUGACCAGGUGGUCGAGGAGUACGUUUAGACUUCAAGGAAUGAAGUGAAGAUCCCUCAGUCACGUCACAUCCAAUCUUAUUCGUACAAUACAGUAGCACCUCUAUAUUUCGAGUGUCCGGUUACAGGUCA